CCUUAUCCAUCUAUCAGAAAGAAAUGAAAAUAAAUUAUCAAAAAAUUUUACUAUAAGAUCAUUCAAAACCUGUCUUGAAUGAGGACAGUUUGAUAGUACAUAAAAAAAAAUAUCUUUGAGGUCUCAUGUAUAGCUAGGAUAGGUAUCAUCAACUGUCUCCGCACUUCAAAGAAGAAUAAUUGAGCCAAGAUCAAAGAUAAAUUGACGCAUAUUUGAUCCUGAAAUUUCAUCAUUGAAAUGUUUCCAACUCAAAAUAUUAUCUUCCAAUUCUCCCAUCUUACUUUUAAUCAUGGAUAUGCCAAAGCGCAUUGAAAGUGGAAAGCAAGAUUCGAGCUUCAUCCAAUUUUAAGAGUCAUCCAUAUUGAUAUAAGUGGAAAUAUUUCUACCACACAGCUGUAAAGAGAUAUCUUUAAACGCAAUAUAGAGCAAAAAUCUAUCACCAACCCAGACAUCCAUCCAGAAUUUAAUUUUUCUUCCACUACCCACCAACCACUUAAACACUCACCAUUUUCAGGAUCAGAAUUAUACUUGAUCCGGCUUCUCCAAGCAUAUGGUUAGGGGAUUGGACAACUCAAGGACGUCAUCAUGAGAUGUCUACACCCAUAAGGGCUUCCAGCGACAAAAGGCAGAGCAGGCAGAGUAUUAAUGUAAUAAGCUAAGCUUGUGGGCUUUGUGCUAAAGAAAUGGAGAACCCAGAACCUACUUUGAGCACGACUAUGAAAAAAGUUCUACUAGUUCUAAACUGCAUCAUACUCACAGUCGGCAACUGUGGUGGCCCUCUUAUCAUGCGCCUGUACUUCAUUCAUGGUGGCAAACGAGUCUGGUUCUCAAGCUGGCUUGAAACAGGCGGUUGGCCCAUCAUCUUCCUCCCUCUCACAGUUGCCUACUUUUACCGGCGCCAUACUCAAAAAUCAAAUCCAUCUCAAAAUAACAAGUUCUUCCUUAUGGAAUCUCGAUUGUUCUUUGCCUUCGUAGUUAUAGGAAUUCUCACAGGCUUUGAUGACUACUUGUACGCCUACGGUGUGGCCCGUCUUCCAGUUUCUACUUCUUCGCUGCUCAUAGCUACCCAGUUGGCAUUCACAGCCGGCUUUGCUUUCCUCUUCGUGAAGCAAAAGUUCACAUCAUUUUCGAUAAAUGCAGUGGUGUUGUUGACCGUUGGAGCGGUUGUCUUGGCCUUGCAUACGAGCAGCGACAGGCCAGGGAAUGAAUCAAACAAGGAGUAUAUUAUGGGAUUCUUGAUGACACUUGCUGCGUCGCUUUUAUACGGGUUGAUCUUGCCUUUGGUGGAGUUGUCUUACAAGAAGGCCAGGCAGCAAAUUACUUACGCUCUAGUUAUGGAGAUCCAGAUGGUCAUGUGUUUGUUUGCUACCGGUGUUUGCACAGUAGGAAUGCUGGUCAACAAUGAUUUCCAGGCAAUUUCAAGAGAAGCAAAAGCAUUUGAGCUAGGUGAAACUAAGUACUAUUUGGUGGUGGUGUUUAGCGCAAUGGUGUGGCAAUGCUUCUUCUUGGGGGCAAUAGGAGUCAUC